AUGUGGAUUCCGGAUGGCAACGGGCUGCUCCACUUGGUUGACUUGGAGGAAGAGCCCGCGGUGGCCCCGCGCUUCAACGGCGCCACCGACGUCACCCUCAGCCUCUACACGCAAAAAAAUCCAACAAGCGCACAAGUCAUCAAAAUUAACAGUAUUCCCUCUAACUUUGAUGCCAGUAACCCCACCCGUUUUAUCAUUCACGGUUGGAAUUCUGCGGGUAAAAACAUGGAUCACUUCAGAUCAGCUUACAUCAAAACCGGUAAAAACUACAAUAUUAUCUUGGUGGAUUGGUCAAAAUUGGCUUCUGCUUCAUAUGCUUCUGCCAAAACAAGUGCUCUUAAUGUUGGCAAAUACAUUGCCCAAGUUGUGAAUAAUCUCAUUUCACUGAAGGGUUUGAACCGCAACACACUGUACAUAAUUGGGCACAGUUUGGGAGCUCAUGCUUCUGGAGUUGCUGGUUACAAUCUGGGCGCCAAUCUUGCAUCCGUCGUCGGUCUUGACCCUGCUGCGCCUUCCUUCGGCAGCGAGUCCCUGGCCAAUCGCCUCGAUGCAUCCGACGCCAAGUUCGUGCAAGUAAUCCACACGAACGGAGGUCUUUUGGGUUGGGCAGAUGCUUUGGGAAACGCUGACUUUUUCCCCAACGGCGGUAAAUCCCAGGCUGGAUGUGGUCUUGAUAUAGCUGGAGCAUGCAGUCAUGGUCGCUCCCAUGAAUACUACGCCGAAUCCAUCAACUCUAGCAAAUUCGUCGGUAGGCGGUGCUCAACGUACGCUCUGUUCACGGCUGGUUCUUGUUCGUCAAAUCCAACUGCCGUGCUGGGAGAGCCUGCAUCAACGAGUGCGUCUGGUUCCUACUUCCUUACCACCAAUACUAAGUCACCCUUUGCUAAAGGUUAAGAUCUGGAAUGACUCUCCAUCAAAAAUGUGAAUCAUCGUGAACACGUGUUGAUUGCAAUGAUUGUACUAUAGUUGAAUUUCUUGAUACAAAUAAAUCUUCAACACAUUUUUUUAAAAUUAAUAAAGUACAAGAAAAAACUGUGCCUCGAAAGAAUUGUCUGGAUAAAAUAUGUUGCAAAACCUAAUACAUUG